AUGAAGAUUCCCGCCAACGCCAUCGCCGCCGUCAUCUCCGUCUUGUUUGUCUUCUCCAUAAUAGCGCCAUCCUCGUAUGCCCUUGGCUCAGGCACCACCCUCGCUGUAACUGACGCCUCCUCCGCCACCGUCUGCGGCAUUGUUGCGGCGUCACAGACCCGCCGAAUCCAGUGCUACCGCCGGGGAAGUGGCGGAGCAAUUAUCCCCGUCUUCCCCGACGUUUCAUUCUCUUCAAUCUCUGGCGGCCGGAGCUACUUCUGCGCCCUCCGCUCUGGCAACUACAGCCUCCUCUGCUGGAACACCACUACCACCACCAACGCCACCACCUUCGAAAGCAAGCGACUUUACAACAAUGACACUGUUCUAUUCGAGAAUCUCGCCGUCGGGGACUCCCAGGUUUGCGCCACGGUUGUGGGAACCGGGACGGCGUCGUGUUGGAGAACUGGUAGAAGGAAAGGUUCUGACUUUUCAUCUGGGUCGGACCGGUUCGCGUCCAUAUCAUCAGGGUCGGGUUUUUCAUGUGGUAUUUUGAAGGAAAGUUCUCGAAUUCGGUGUUGGGGAAGUAACGCUUCCGUUGCGGAUUCCAUAGAGAGUGAGUUUCGAAACGUUUCAAUGUUGAGCAUUGUGGCUGGCGGUUCACACUUGUGUGGUUUGAAUUCAACUGGGUUUUUGGUGUGUAAAGGAAGUAACAGUUUUGGGCAAAUUGAGGUUCCUCAUCAAGGUGUUGCUUUUGAGUAUUCUGGUUUGGCUCUCGGUGAUUCUCAUAGUUGUGCUAUUAGAAGAUCCAAUGGUUCUGUUUUUUGUUGGGGUGGCAACGGAAUUUUCAAUGAUAAUUUCACAAAAGGUGUGUCUUUUGAGGUUAUUGUUUCUGGGUCUGAUUUUAUCUGUGGAUUAACGACAAGAAAUUUCUCUGUUUUGUGUUGGGGUCCUGGUUGGUCAAAUGGUUCUGAUUCUGAUUCUGAUGUUGUGGUUCCUUUUUUGUCUCCGAUUCUUCCGGGUCCUUGUGUUCAAUCUUCUUGCAGUGAGUGUGGUAUCUAUCCUCAAUCUCAAUACUUGUGUUCUGGUUUUGGUAACAUUUGUAAGCCUAAGCCUUGUGGGGCUCAAGUGCCGGUGAUGCCGGCUAGGCCUCCUGCGGUGGUGCCAUUGCCGGCGGCGGCGCCAUCUUCUCGGUCAAAGACCUUGACAACUGGGUUGUUGGCAUUUGCCAUAGUUGGAUCAGUGGGUGCUAUUGCUGGAGUUUGCACUCUGCUUUAUUGCUUGUGGAAUGGUGUUUGUUUAGGGAAGAAGAAAAUUCAUAAUUCUGUUCAACCAACCAUUACUAGAGGUGGCAGUUCCAAUAAUGGUAGGGCCGUUCAAUCCAAUAGCCCGCUGUCGAGAUCAAUGACCGUUAGGCGGCAGGGAUCGAGGAUAAUACGGCGGCAGAGAAGUGGAACCUCGUCGGCUAAACAUCCAGACAAGCCUGAGGAGUUCACCCUGGCUGAUCUUAGUGCUGCCACCAAUAACUUUUCACCCGAAAACAAGAUUGGGGCUGGAAGCUUUGGCAUUGUGUACCGAGGAAAACUCGCUGAUGGACGCGAGGUGGCGAUCAAGAGAGGGGAAACAGAAUCAGAAACAGGUAACAAGAUGAAGAAGUUUCAAGAGAAAGAGAGCGCGUUCGAGUCGGAAUUAGCCUCUUUGUCACGACUACACCACAAGCAUUUGGUUAGGUUAGUAGGAUUCUGUGAAGAAAAAGAUGAAAAGCUCUUAGUUUAUGAGUACAUGAAGAAUGGAGCAUUGUAUGAUCAUUUGCAUGGCAAGAACAAUGUGGAUAAGAAUAGUAGUGUCUUGAAUUCUUGGAGAAUGAGGAUCAAAAUCGCAUUGGACGCUUCGCGAGGGAUUGAGUAUCUCCAUAAUUAUGCAGUUCCUUCGAUAAUUCACCGAGAUAUCAAGUCUUCCAAUAUCCUUAUUGAUGCCACUUGGACAGCAAGAGUAUCCGAUUUCGGAUUGUCAUUGAUGAGUCCGGAACCUGAUACUGAUUUCCGGCCAACAAAGGCAGCCGGAACAGUCGGAUACAUCGAUCCUGAGUACUAUGGUCUAAAUGUAUUGACAACAAAGAGUGAUGUCUAUGGUCUUGGAGUGGUGUUGCUAGAACUCUUAACCGGAAAGCGAGCCAUAUUCAAAAUCGACGAAACUUCAGGCACCCCGGUGAGCUUAGUGGACUUUGCCGUGCCUGCGAUCAAGGUCGGGGAAUUGGCGAAAAUUUUGGACCCAAGGGUUGCGCCGCCUGAGUUGAAUGAAAUGGAAGCUCUGGAGCUUGUGGCCUAUACUGCCAUGCAUUGUGUGAAUUUGGAGGGAAAGGAUAGACCAACAAUGGCUGACAUUGUGGCAAAUUUGGAGCGCGCUUUAUCCCUUUGUGAAAGUAGUAGCCAUGGCAGCAUUUCCAGUGGUGUGGUGCGCUUGGCUUUUCGCUCUUAGAAGGACGUGGACUAUGUCAGGUACACUAAAACAACACUUUGAGAGUUGGACGAAUGCUU